ACGAUGAAGGAAAUGCUCCGUUUGUUUGUUUAUUUGUUUGUUUUCGUGUGUGCCUCGGUUGCAUUGAGCUUGUCUUACAAUUCUCCAAGUAUAUGUGUUCAUCAAUGCAACUAUAUAGUAGCUCGUCUCAGUAUUGUUGCCUAUCACCGUAGACAGAGAGGUCGACACUUUGAACGCAAGGCCGGUUGUUCCAAUUAAGGUCUUCAAUAGCUUUUCGUUUCCUCUUGUCUUAAUAUUCGGGAGCCUAAGCGUUGAUUCGGAUGCUCAGAAUGUGCCACAAGUGAGGUACGAUUGAGCUUUGCGGCUGCUUGUGUUGAUUUCUUAUGAGGAGGAUCGGAGGGAAGGAUGGACAAGCAGCUCGGAAGCUGUCUGGCCUCGCUGCGGGACGCGGCUGACAGCGUGCGCAGCAGCGGAGGAUUUGUGGACCUUGCUCCCUACGUGGUUGAUUUUUCCGAAUUGUGCAAAGAUCUAUAUUCGGACGAAGACAUCUCUUAUGCCAUCGCAAUUGUGUUCGAUGAGGAUACUGGGAUUUUUAGUAUUUUAGAAUCGCUAUUGCGUGUGCGUGACAAGUCUGUCGUCAGAGCAAGAGAAUCAUGUUGGAGUUUUUUGGCCCUAUUUAUUAAAAAGAUUGGACCCCGAGCUUUGCACUAUGCGGCUCUCUUGAAGGAAAAGUCUCUGACAUUUUUUCGAAGGGAGGACUCAAAAUCUGUGCAAGCAGCAGCAUUGACACCUCUUAUUGUUUUAUUAGAACUAAACAUGGCACGUUUGAAGCCAGCCAUGUUCGCAGUUGAUCAGGAACUCUCUACUUUGUUAAUGCUCGAAUUCCGCAAGGCCAAAACGAAUAGCACAUUGAAAGCCAAUAUCAUUCAGCUACUUGGAGACCUAAUAGAGUAUUUUAGAGAAAGCUUUGAAGAGGAGAAUGUGUUAGCCAUCUUGAAGCUUUGUCUGGAUACAUUGGAAGAGCAGCUACAAAAAUCACCCCAACUCGUCCUCAUGGCAGGAGCUAUUAAGUGCCUCGAUUCUUUACUCAUGUGGUUUAAUGACUCUCUUCCUGCUGGAGGUUCCGUUGAAAAUUCGCGUCGAGUGUUUACUUGCAUUGAACAGGUGUUAUGGCCGCGAGAGGAAUUGAAGCGAUACGAACCUUUGAAAGCUUCUCUGCGGCUUCUGUCGAGGCAUGCGGGUCUUUUCAGAAUGCGGCUGAUUGAAUCUGGAAUCAGAAAUAUGCAUUGGCUACAAGAGCACUGCACUCAUUCAAAUGCUAAAAUACGAGAUGCAGCACUUCCAGCUUACGAUCAGUUCAUCACACAUGUUUCCAGUGCGCUUGUAUCAGACAGCCGGAUUAGGAAUGCCCAAGCUUUGUACACGGCUUUUGUCAAGGACGCUCUGGAUGUUCUCAAUGCUCAGGAUGCUGAUCCUAAGCGAAUCUCGCUAGCUAUACGUGCAUUAGGGAAGCUUGCUGCAUGUAUUGUGAAAUUCUCGGGGAAAGAGAGUUUAAAGGACGCCUUUCAUCGCCUUGAACCUUUUGGUUCUUUAUCUAGGCUUGGUGAUGGACGUGAAGGGUCAUUGGGAUAUGCAGUUACGCUUGUAGGUGCGUUUGCAGACAUGGUUAUCCACCUAGAUGACGUUGAAGACCUUAUGGUUACUUUUAUUGCACAGGUCACUGGAAGCAUUUUUUUUCUGUACCCCCAGCUUUUCGCAAAACAGAAGCAAGCUGUCUAUACCGCCCUACGCAACCUGCUGAAAGCACUGUACCCAAAAGGGCCUGUUUAUUUCUUAUUUCUUAGAAACAUUGUGUGGUCGUCAUUGCAAAGAGCUAUGGAGCCGGUGGAUGAGGCUCUAGAAGAGGGGAGCGUACAGCUAUGGAGGCACUAUGUUGAGCUUUGGUCACAUCUCAUAGAUUUCUCUUCUGAUCAAGGAUUACAAUUGGAGGCUGGAUUGGACGAAGCAGAGAGCUUUGAAGAGCUUGUAACUUCUGAUGUGGGGAAUGUAGGCAUCAUCGAAUCCUCUUUAAGAGAGUCCAUAUAUGACGCAAUAAUGCAUUGUGUUAUAAAAGUUAUGAAUGAACUCAACUUGAAAUACCGAGUAAAACCCGCAAGGACAGGCAAAUAUUCAGAGGAAUUGGAUGCUGGCCCAAUUGAACCUGAAGCUGAGAUGGAUCUUAUUGAACCACUCGAUAUGAUUCACAUGCGCAAAUAUCUUAAUCUGGUCGAUUUUGUGCAAGAACUACUUUCAGGCCCCUGUUCAUCACUAAUUCUUAAGUGGACGUAUCCAUUUGGUCGCUGCAUCAUCGAGCUUUCAAAUAGAUAUCCGCUUAUCAGCGGCUUCUACAAGCUGCUAACAGUCAAUAUCACCAUCGCGAAUCGUGAGGGCUUCCUUUCGGUCGCAGGAGAGGAUUCUUUGGAUGCUGAUGGUGGAUAUAUGAACCUUGAUAAGAAGAGAGAUUCGACUACUUUUGCAGGAACAACAGGUGUUUUGGAGGAAGACCGACGACUUUGUAAAGAAUUAUUUAGGAAAUAUCUACAGGAGGUUUUGGUGGCGAGCCGAAGAUAUAAGCUGGAGCUGCUGGCGGCAUGUCUCCGCCUUUGCUUAUCUGCACCUCCGCUGUUGGUUGGAAUUGCUUCUAUAAUUCCAUCCCUGAGAAACGCUUUAAAGAUUGGCCUUCGAUAUCCUCCCUUAGCAGAAGUGGCAAUGGAUUCUUUGGAAAGAUGGCAAGCAGCUUUUCCUGAGCAGCUUCAGCACUGGCUUCCUCAGAUUAUUCCAUGCUUGAAUGACUAUCUUGUGGAUGUUGAGAAAGCAGACGUUUCAGAACCAGGGACUUCACUUGUAACAGAGGCUGUUGGGACAUCUGCUCCUACUAUUUCAAGCAUGUCACGGGGGCAGCUGGCCCAAAUCAAGCGAGCGAGAGCGAAGGAUUCACAGCCUAGCCCAUUCGAGCUUAUUCAAGUACGAGUACAGAGGUUUCUUGGGUGCAUUGGAGGACUUGGACAUUUCCUAGUCCCUGAAGUGGACUUGCUUCAGCUGACUGGUACUGGAGGUUUAGCAUGGGAUCCAAUCGAUCGUGUCAAGUUCACUUUGCCAUUCCGCCAGGACAAGCCUGAUAUCUGGCUAGAUUCACUUCUAUCGAGAAUGGUGGAGAUUGCUCUUUCGUCAAGUGACAGGCGCAUGAAAGUGACAGCAUCUGAGCUUUUGCAAGCAGUUUGUCUUCUCAUGCUUGGAAAUGCUGCCAAAGGUCCAAUGCGUCGUAGGGGCGAAGACUCUCAAUCUGUUCACUUUGAUAAAAUCUACAAACGGCUUUUUCCAGCUAUAUUGCGGCUCGCUACAGAUGUUGAAUUGGUUACCCGACAGCUCUUUCUGGACUUUGUAAAGCAGCUCAUCCACUGGUUCACAAGUAAUCAGCAAAAGGAAAACCCAGAUACGAUGGCUCUCUUGGAUGCAAUACUUGAUGGUCUUGUAGAUCCUGAUAAUGGCUCUCUCAGGGAAUUCUGUGCAGACAUGUUUUCUGAGUUCUUGCAAUGGUCUGUGCGACAUGCACCACCCGAGGAUGACAACUUUGUGAAUGUGAGGUCAAUGCUGCGUCGUGUGUACAACCGGAUGGCCCACCCGAACCCGUACCAUCGGUUGGGUGCAGCUAUGGCAGCUCAUCGUAUGUAUCCAGUCUUGAGAGAAAAUGGAGCAAUCGUGGAUCGCUAUAUUUUUGAGAUUCUUUUCUUCUGCAUCAAGAGUUUGAAGCUUGGAGAGUUAGAUGAUGAGCAGAUCGGCACCAUGAAGCAGAUGAACAAAACUGUUGAGUUACUGCAAAGAUUGGUAACACGUAACAUUACGCUGCUGGAAAAGAAACGAAAAGAUCGACCAUUGUUUUUAGCUUUGGAUGAUUUUCUUCAAUGGGUUUUUGAGCAAACGAGAUUGUUACAUGGGAGAAGUCGCACUAAGUGCAUGAUGCUCUUUUGCUCCAUUUGUCUGUCUAUCCCUGGCUGUUCCUCUGCACACUGGUUUCGUGCAAACAUAUGCUCGGGAGACCAGGUUUCUAGUACAGUGAAACAGUUUGAUGUGGGCAUGGACUACCCGCAUCACCCAUCUCUACAGCAAGAACAACUGUGGUUGACGAAGUUUGUAAGGUCAAUUCACUGGUUUGAAUGGGCUCUUAAGGAAAACAUUAUUAGCAUCAAGGAACUACUUGAUUUUGAAAGGGAUUGUGUCAUCCAUAUUGCUUCCUCUAUAUCCGCUUUCCUACAGAGCCUACUCAAAUCCCAAGACUCAAUUCAUCAAUUUCUUGAUUUAACCCCUGGAGAGCAAGAUGAAUUACAGAAGCUGAGAUAUGAAGCAACCACCCACCUUAUGAAAUUUUGUAGUCAGGUGUUGAAUGCCCAGUCUGGAUAUGCAGAAAUUGAAGACCUGGCAUUACGAACCAUUUUCAUGCCUGAUCAGAGCAGAUAUUUUCAGCAACUGUUGUGUCUUGUUUUGUUGAAACCUCGACAGCUUGGGUUAGUUAUUUCUGAAUUACAAAGGGCCCAAGAUCUGGCUAAACUGGCGUCGAAAGUACUAACGAGAUUCACACAGCUUUCUUCUAACUUGAAGUCUGAAAUGGUCGAAUUACUUAGGCGAGUUAUUGAGGGUGACGACCCUGCGUAUGAUCUGAAUAAUCUUAGCUUUUCAUCGAAGAUCUCUGGAAAGCCUAAAGCCCUUAGCUUGGAGGAUGCCUUGAGUCUUGUCAAGGGAUACCAACAACUAAGUCAAGUUAAAAUCCUACCACUGGUACUCAACAAAGUUCGUGCAGGGAAGCUCGGGGAAAGGCUAAUUCUCACAGUGUUUGGCAUUGAACAAGAGUGCCCUCCUUCACUUCAGCCCAUUACUGCAGAAAUGGUUAAUCUUGCUAUGAGUUUAGGGGUAAAUGCAACUUUCUUAGUGAACCUUAUCAUGGAUGAGAAAUCUGUAGGAAUUUCAACCAAUAGGAAGCUCACAUCCGGAGAGGUAUUCUACAUGAACUUUCGUGACACAAUUGUGCAUCAGGUUAAGUUCUUUUACAAAGACUGUCUUCGGCUUAUUCUGGAGGCGGCUGCUGAGAAACAAGCCGCGCGGAUGCUUCUCAUUGCAUUGCUGGAUAGCUACUUAAAACCCAGUGAGAUGGGCGCAAGUAUCACUAAGAGCAGCUUUAUGCAAGAAUUUCUACAACAUAUUGAAGUGCUGGCUCCUCUAUGCAGAGCCGGGUCUUCACUCACACUACGGCUGUUUUUUCUGGAUAUCCUCCACAAACUUUUGAUGUUGGAUACAGGAAAGGACGUUGUUCUCAACAUUAAAUACUCUUCUUUCGACUUCAUUACCGAGACGUUUCUGUCGUUUCUGAGUUGCUCUUCAGAAGAUGCAACAAAUAGCAGGCUCGGGAGCAGUGCUGCAUUUACUCUUAGAACUACAUCCAUGCGUCUCUUGCCAUUUUUCUUCAGUGCAAAUGUAGACUCCGGAGUCCACAGUAAACUCAUUCGCAUUUUGAGUGGAAUUGUGACUGAUUAUUUACUAGUGAGAGAAGCUGAUAUUCCUCAGGGCUCCAUUCAGCGAUCCAACUACACUCAGUUGCUUAACCAACUCCUCGCUGCAGUAUCGGUUAGCCAUAGCUUAGAACUUCUUGAAGUUAUCUUUCCUCUCGUUCAGACUCCUAACAAGAUUUCUUCGAGGGCUGUUUCGGAAGCUGUGGAGGUAUUUGCAGAGUCCCUAGAAGACAACAGGGAAGCAGCUUUCAACCUAUGUUUGACAAUGAUCAUGGACAGGGGUAAAUCUUAUGAGCUGAGACGUGCUGUUGUUGAAGUUAUCUUCGAAGCUUUUGUGAACUCUUCAUCCAUGGAGUUCGUUACAGUGUGGUACUCUCAGCACAUUAGUGACUUGUUUUACGUGCUGAAACAAAGUUCGAGCAUGCUAAGUGCUGAAAGGGAGUUUGAAGAUCUCUUCAAAAAAAUUUGUCAUUACGAGUUAUUAGAGCUUCUAUAUUCCAAAGCUGAUAAUGUUUCAAUCACGAAAACUAUAGCUCCAGUUUUCACUAGUUCGGAUCUCAUGCGGCAAGCUGGGGAUACAUGUCAUGGCAAAUUAGAUCCAGAGUACAAACUUUACCCUGAGAAUUUAUCUACGUGGCGUGAGCUUCAUGCUGCUGCCUACAAUUGCCUGGCUGCUGUUAUUUUAUGCACACAAAUAGAUGAGAAAUGGUUUAAUGCCUUCUUAUUCAGUGAAAAAUCGAGACCUUUAUGGCAACAUUUAGUGGACUUGACUAAGGUCUAUGAUGAUAUGUCUGUGGAGACAUCCCAGUCAAGUAUAAUUAGUCAGACGGUAAAAGGUAUGAGAGCUGACCUGAAGGCUCGUCGUACCAGAGGUAAAGGGUCCCUGUCCCAGACGGCUUCAACCAUCUCCUCUCAGUACAUGCAUAGUGCAAGCCUUAGCCAAGAGCCUGCUGUGAUCAGAACGUUUGUGGGUGGAAUUAGAAAGGAGGAAACCUCUGCAGCAGGCGUAGGUGCAGGACUACUACUUGACGAGGAAUCACCAUCUACUGAAACAAAUAUAGAAACUGCGGAGCAAGAAGAAAUUAUCGAAACUACAGCACUUGACCGUGACGAUUUUGACCAGCACGAGUGCAUGCCUGUUAUACUCCGGUUGGCGGAACAUGUGCAUGUAAAGUUCGGAGCAAAUUACCAACCAGGAGUGAUGCCGGAUUGGAUGAAGUCUCUUCAUGCUACCCUUGACAAUGCAGCUACACACAUCAAUGUGCGUCUCUUCCUUGCAAAAGUAAUCACAAAGACACGCAAAAUCUUUGCUCCACAUGCAGCUGAUUGGAUUCGGCCUUAUGUCCAAACCAUUUUGAUUGAUCCAAGAAAGUCAGGAGGCUUGAAGUUCCACUACAUGCUUCGAGAUAUAUGUGUAACCAUUCUGCAGUGGAACGUAGCGUCCGCUCCUGAUGGUAGGCUUGCAACCAAUUUUGUUCACCAUUUAAUCAGCGUAGCUGACCAUGGAUCAAAUCAAGUAUUACGUGCAAACAUUGACAUUAUUCGCCUCUUUCUAGAAAAUUGGAAAGGAAGCAUCAGUCUCGAAAGAGGCCAGUUGCUACAGUACCUCAUCUCUGGAGGUAGGAAUCCGGACAUGAAUGAUAGAAAUAUCAAAAUGAAGCGGUUGGUAGGGCUACAGUUGUUGGGAGCGAUUGUCGGAUCCGGUAUUCCUAUCUAUGACCCUUCGUGUGACUUUUCAACUUCUGAAGAGCAUAUAUGUGAAGCUUUGCUUAACAACUUGAAUGUGAAGACAAAGGAAGUAUAUGAAGCUGCUGCCGAACUCGUGGGAAUAACUAUGAUAUACAGGAAAGAGUCGAGACAAGUCAAUGAGGAGAUACUUGAGGCAAAGUUGCACAAAAUUCUCAAGCAGCUGUAUAGGGAAGCAGAGUACGAAAGGUUUUUGAACAUUCUCAAUAAAAUAACUAUUCGUCAUCCCGGUUUUCUUGAAGGGUAUGCUGAAAUGGUAGUGGAUCAGCUCUCUCGCCUAUUUGGAGCCUACAAAGUGAAUGCUUUAGAUACCCUUUUGAGAUUUCCUAAAGCAGAUGCAAACCUCUUUAAUCAGAUAUCGCGGUCAUUACCCAAGCUGCUGGCACACAGAGAUGAGAUUGCGCAGUUGAAGAUCCUGCAGCUUCUUUCGCAGCUGCUGAAGAAUGUUAACCAAGAUACAAUUAGAACGAGAGUACUGCCAGUGCUUUGCGACAAUUUUAAUGGACACGAAAAUGUCGACUGCAGACGGGAGUUCUAUGAGAUCCUUAUCUAUCUCUUCAAAAAUAAAGGCAUGGACAAAGAACGACUUGUGAUACAGUCGUUGCUCAUGGGAUUAUGUGACAGCUCUGAUAUAGUGAGAGCAAGCUUACAAAACUUUUGGCACCUGCAACUCUCCCAGGAUGUUCGGCACCGCUUUUUGGAGCUUGUGAAUCGAAUUUAUGAUCCUUGUUUGGAAGAAAACUGGGCACAGAUUUCUAAUGUUCUAAUUCUGAAGCUUUGCGAGGACUCGGUGGACUACAAGCGGCCAAUCUUCUCAGCUCCCCUAUCAGAGUGUGUGUUUCAGGACUAUACCAUUAACACUUCAUGGGUCGGUGCCAGUCUUCCCAUGACCCCUUUGUUCUCCAGCUCGCAAAUGAGCAUGGACAUCCAAGGCAUGCACGGGGAGGACAGAGAUGGAGAGUUUGAUGGAGCAACUCAUCAUCGGCCGAUGAUGAUCCGAGCAACCAUGACCCCUUCUCUUUCACAAGCUGUUACUCAAACUCAAGGUGGCACUUUGAGCUCCACACAAGGUGUUAAUGGGAGUGUGCUCUAUGGUCUCUCGCAAAGGCCAGGUGGGGCUGGUUACAUCAAAAAAACUGGUCUAGAAGAGGCCUCAUGGAUGGAUCCUGCGCUGCAUUUGCGGCGGCGAAUUUUGAAUCCACGUGCGACUCAGUCUCAGGUUUUGACGGGAGUUUUUCGAGCAAGUCGAAGGCGAGAAGCUCGUUUAAAACUUCAGUCUUUGGAGCGUGCAAACAAGGUGCACAUGAUGAGGCAAUACCGCACUGGUGAGCUGCCGGACAUUGAGAUCAAGCACGCAGAUAUUGUCGGUCCUCUGGCAGCACUGGCAGAGAGAGAUCCUACCUUUGCGAGACUUCUCCUUCGUAUCCUUUGCAGUGCUGUGUACUCCCUACCAUCGGGAGGGCAAGACAUCAAAGCAGAAGUAAGACUGGGGCUGGAGGCUGCUUUGCGGCAGACGCAUAAUGGAAUUUCUUUCGUAGGUUGUGCUGAGGCCCUCUGCCUCGAAGAUCCUGAAAUUUGGAUAUCACCCAAAAUCAUGGGUUCGGCGAGCCGAAAAUCAACGAAUUAUCAUUCAGGAAUUAUGCUACUUGAGAAGCAAAUCAUGAACGAGACAUUUCCAGAACCAGAGCCGAAUGUGAGUAGCAAGCGGCAAAAGGGAAAGGGAGGACAAGCCAACAGGCUUCCACGUCCACUGGAGGAUGCUUGGUUGGAAUUGGCUGAGCUGUAUAAAGCUCUUGGAGAGAAUGACAUAGUUCUUGGGCUCUUUGGGACGCAUGUCGCCAAGCACGAGAAGACCCGCAGAGCUCUGGAAAUCCAGCUUGGUGGGGAUUUAAGACAAGCUCUUGACCUUUAUGACCAAGUCAUAGCCAUAUAUGAGGACGGUUCUCUUAGUGGUGACAUUACAAAAUCAGAAAUCGACAUAUGGUACAACCAGCGCCUCGCUUGUCUUGCGGAUCUUAAUGAAUGGGAAGUGUUGAUGGGAGAAAUUGAAUAUGAAAGCAUGGAGGGUGAUAAUAGUGAACCCGAUUUUAAGCGUUUAUGGGAGCCAACAAAGCAGGAAAUUUAUCUUGGUUAUUUUAUCAGGGGAGCUGUGAAGGAGGCGAAAUAUCAUGGACUUCUUACCGAGUUUGUUCAAUCAUCUUCAGAAAUUCUGCCCAAGAGACAGUUUUUACUGAACGAAUUUAGCACGCAGUUGGCCACCUUGGCUGCUAUAAAUAAAGAGUGGGAUAGGGCAAGAUUUUACUUGGGACAAUGUCAUUUGAUCUUCAGAAGACAAUGGUCUGCGUUGCAUCCCUUUGCACUUGGUAGUCGUCAUCAACGCGUAAGACAAUUGCAGAAGAUCGUGGAGCUGGAGGAAUUCAUCACUUUUAUCUCUAAACCAGAAGCGGGAGAGCUUUCAAGGUUGCUUAGCGGAUGGCACAAACGUUGGCCGUCCCCUAAUUUCGAUGACGUGGAGGCCUGGGAUGAUAUUGCGCAAAAUCGACUUCUAUUUCUCAAAUAUAUACAAGAACAUUUCAACAAUCCGGUACAGAGAAACUCGUUUGAUGACAAAUUCUGUAACUCGAUUUCUUCUCUAAUUGAUGCAGAAAGAGCCCACUUACAUGUUGCAGUUGCCAACGGGCUUAUGGAGUGUGGAGCUCUACCUGUUGCACAGAGCUACAUCAACCGUUAUAUGUCUUCAAAAUUUGAAUUCUCUGCGAAGCAUCGGUUAGAUUUCAGAAAUUUCAAAGCGUUGGUGAGGCUUCAGUGUUUGCGAGCUGAGCGGGACGAGUCAGCAAACAAUAGGAUAAAGAAGCUUCAGCAGUUAUUGGUUUAUAUAGAGACUGAGAGGAGAAAGCUUUCGAAGCACCCAGAGUUUUUGCCAGAGUUUCAAAUGGAGCAAGCUGAUGUCAAUGCUCGAGUUGCAUGGGCAACUUUGUCAUCUCAGUCCGGAGAAGGUGCGACGUCACAAGAUAUCACAGCUUGUUUUGCCCUCCUGGGAUCAGCUUUUAAGACAUACUCGACCGCACUUGAUAACGAUGAUCCACUGUCAGAAAUCACAACAGGCAGCUUGUCACCACAUGAUACAGCUAAGGCAUUACUUAAGUUUGGUCUCUUUUGCGACGAACUUCUUAAGUUAUCACAACAGCCUGAGGAGAGAAGUCAGAUGACGCAGCAUCAUUUGUUUGGGCUUCCACAAGCAUCAGAUCUAUCCUUACUCGUUGUGCGACACAUGCUGAAAGCAUUGGCGCUUGACAGUACCCUUCAAGCUCAACAUGCAGUGGCGAGGCUCCUUUCUUUAGUGGGUUUUUCUUCUGCAACACAAAAUGAAUUUGAAAGGUUUCUUGACAAUGUGUCAAGCUGGGUUUUUGUGGCAUGGAUACCACAGAUGCUGGCUAACAUAGAGGAAGAUUCAGGCCGUGUGCUGAUCAAAGUAUUAGAAUCUAUUGCAAAAUCGUACCCCCAAGCACUGUAUUUCCCGUUUCGUGUCAGUGAGACUGAUUUUGGGGCAAUUGGCCGGCAGCGUACCCAACACUUGAAGAUUCUUUUAAGGAACCCUCUGCUUGAAGGCCUAGUUCGAGCGCUUGAAGAUUUAACAUUUCCCCAGCAGCGGUUGAAGGAUGGCCUGUUGCAAAUAUUGAAUUUCUUGUUUACCAACGACAGUGAGCGAGCUCAAUUGGUCUUCAAUGAGAUUUAUCAAGAUUGCCUGGACACCCAAUCGCUGAAAGACCCUGUUCGUCAAACUGGAGAGUACAAUCUGAAGUUCGCUCGUGACUGGGCAUCCCUUAUUGUGAAGGAAUUGGGACUGAAUGGAAGCAAGCUACGAUCAAUGGAUGCAAAGCAAUUUUCAUCCGUCAUUAGUGGCUUAUUUGAGAAGCUCUCAAAGAAUGACAUUUCAGCUGAAAAGAUCAGCCUUGGAUCGCUAUCCAAGUGGUUAGCUGACUUUGACCAAACCAAGGGAAUUGAAAGAGUAAGUAGAGAUUUUGACAAAAACGAAAUGCAGAUUGAGAUUCCUGGACAGUAUAACGGCUCCUCUAUACCCAACUUGUCAACACAUGUACAGCUUCUGGGCUUUGAUCAAGUUCUGAUUUGCUUGAAAUCCAAACAACGUCCUAAAAUUCUCACUAUGCGGGGUUCUGAUGAAAAUGAUUACAAGUUCGUUGUGAAGGGAGGGGAAGACCUCCGCCUCGAUCAAAGAAUUGAGCAGCUUUUUGAGGCGAUGAAUAAUGUCUUGAAUCGGGAUGCGGCAUGCUCACAGCGGAAGCUUGCUAUAAGAACAUAUUCGGUUAUUCCUGUGUCCAAAAAGUGCGGCUUGCUGCAGUUUGUUGAGAAUACUUGUGUUCUGCAAGAGGUUAUCAGAGAUGGUUUAUCGUCAAAAUUAGCAAGCCGCACGCAUGAAGGUUAUAAACCUCUCCAGGCUACGUCUGAGACACUACUGAAAGAGAUCCAACACGAAUAUAUAGAGUGGGUACGAAAGAAGGGUGGAGGUAAGAGCCAGACCGAAUGCUACUGUAACCUAUAUAGAAAGGUUGGGUUUGAAGAAGUGUCUCUGAAGCUGAGUGCACUCCAGGGUCAGCUGCCAUGGGAUACGUUGCGCAUGGGAUUUAGUAGGUUGGUCACAAGUGCGGAAUCUUAUCUUGCUCUACGUUCUCAAUUUGCCCGUAGUCUAUCUGUUACUAGUAUAUGUGGAUAUGUAGCAGGGGUUGGGGAUCGGCAUCUUGGCAACACCCUGGUGGACAUGAGGACAGGGGCCCUUGUUCCUAUUGAUUUUGGGUACAGUUUUGGAACAAACGUCCUUCUCCUCCCAGUUCCAGAGCUUGUGCCGUUCCGCUUAACGGCUCAGCUUAAGAACUUUCUUCUCCCGUUAACCGCUGUGGGACUUUUACGCAGCGACAUGGUUCGCAUCAUGACUGCUUUGCGCGGAAGCAGAGGUUUAAUCUCUGCUGUCAUGGAGGUUUUUGUGAAAGAGCCCCUCGUUGAUUGGAGACAGGAGGCUGUGAAACUGCAGCGAGCACGUGCCCGUGACGUCUCCAAGUCUACAGCACUCGAAGCUGAUGCGGGUGCAAAUCAUCAUAUGGCGGCGUUCUCCGAAGAAGAACAUGUGCAACUUAAGGUAGAGACUGCUCAGUGCAAACUCGAUCUUUGGAACCCAGCAGAGAUCACUAUCUCCGAGCUCGGGUUCUCCGUCCACGCGAACAAGCCUUACACUAGAGCACUUGAAGAGAUUGUGCGUGGUGAUCCCAGCCGCAAUAUUCGUGCUCGUGUGGCGGGUAACGUCUGUGUAUCAGUUCAAGAGCAAAUCGACUGUCUAUUGGACCAAGCUACUGACCCCAAUUUGCUGGGACGUAUCUUUGCUGGAUGGCAACCUUGGGUGUAAACAAGUUUACCACAAGAUCUCACAAGUAUGGACUACCUUCUAUUUGCCAACGUUUGUGAAGUAGACCGAUCGCGUAGACUAGUAACUUUUUAGUGAUGAAGAUUGUAAUCCAUAUCUGGCAGAGUUCAAUUGGGUUUGAAGAGAUCUCGACAGAAAACUAUACCCAGUAUGUAUAUUUCAGCGACAGUUAUUGUAAAGAUAUAUCUUUAUAGACAAUUGAAUUAUAAUUGGGCAACGUAUCAAUUUUCUA